GCGAUGAGAUCGAGAGGUUCGGCCAUGUGGAGCUUAACCUGUCCCGGGGAGGAGAGGUCAUCCAAGUUGGCGCGGAAGUUGCCGACGCGGGGCACCCCGCUGCGGCCACAGAUGCGGUAGUGCAACGAGGCCAGAGCGUUCUUUAUAGCUCUGUAUGUCACUGGAUCAUCAACGGCGCCAUCGAGCCAACUGGUGGAGCUGAGUUCGUACCUCUGCGACGUCAUCAGGCCAACGACAACUUUGAGUACGAUUACAUCAUAGACGGCAAGAUCCAAACAGACGCCGCGGAGGUAGCAGGAGUCAGGAAGACGCUGCCGCAGGAAGCUCCAGCUGAGCAAGCAGCUGGAUCUUUGCCGAGGGUUCUCGGCCCAGCGGCGGACGAGACUACGACUGUGCAGACGAGGGUGCUGAAGUCAGCCCACCGGGUGCUGCGGAUAGGGCCGCGCACCAAGGGCAUCACCUACCUUUUUUUCCGCCCUUGGUGCCCACUGCGCGUGGAAGCUGGAGCGGACGACGAUCCACAUUGCGCGCAGGAGCCAGCGGACGAGAAGCAAAUGCCGAAGGUGGUGUUCGACGCCUUCUACGUCGGGACUGACGAGGUGGCGGCUAAGUACAAGCUCGAAGGAGGCUACUUCAGCUUCCGCGAGAAGCCGCUGGUCACGAACGCAGAUCUAGAACAGGCGACCCCAGUUCUGAACGUGAUCGAUUGUAAGAUCCUGGCACAGGCGACGCUGCAUGCGAACAAAGAGCGGGGCGACUACAAGGUCUCCUUCCUGACAGCUGUGCUAGAGGUCUGGGGUCACACGACGUUUGUGCUUCAGACAGACCAGGAGCUUGCCACGAUAGCCUUGGCAAGUGCAGUUCGAGAUUGCAGGUAUCACUCUACCUUAGUGCGGGGACCACCGCCACUUUCCAAGCAGAGUGCUGGCUACGCCAAGGGUACUGGCAAGCUUGCAGCAGGUUUGCUACGGACCUACAAGCUGAAGCUAGAACACAAGCUGGGGCACGAGAUCAAGAUGACGGAUCCGAUCGCGCAUUGGCUCGUAAACUCGGUGGGAUGGAUGAUCAUCAGGUUUCAGCCACGAAGCCAUGGGGGCUCUUCCCACAAGAUGCUGCAUGGCAAGGAGCACAGUGGGGAGAUUGCGGAGAUGGGCGAGCAGGUCUGGCAUCGGAUCUCAGCCCGAUUUGCUGCUGGACGCGGCAAGUGGGAGGCCCGCUUUGCGAAAUGGAUCUGGGCCGGAAAGAGCGAGUUGGCCAACACUCACUUCGUGAUCGACCCAGAGCGCGGCGUGCAGACGGCCAGGGCCGCGCGGAGGAUACCAGAGGAGUUCAGGUGGCAGCCUGAGCUCAUCCAGAACAUCAGGGUGAUGCCGUGGAAGCACAUCCCUGACAAGAGCGCAGGGCCCAUCGGACGCAGCAUGUACAUCACGGAGCGCAUGAUCGACGCUCGCGGCCCGACCGACGACUGCAUGAAAUGCAGCACUGGAUAUGGGUCGCAUCUGGCAGCCUGCCGUCAGCGGUUCGAGACAAUCCAGGCCGACCUCCUACGAGAGGCCGAAGCACAGGCAGCCAUGCAGACGGAACCUGACCAGAUCAGGAGCGACUUCCAGAGAGGCGAGUGCGCAUGCAGGCGCUGCCUGAUGAGCCACAUCGGCGCGACCAGGAGUCACUUGGGAGAACCUGACGAAGAGCAGAUCGAGCAGAUGGUCGAGGUCAGUGCCGAGUUGCACGAGCACGAGCAGUGGAGCCCAAAGACGGUACGCAACGAUUACUACACUGGAGAGCCCCUGGACGAGGAUCUGUACCAGAAGGGUCGCGACGACGAGCUUCGGGCUAUGAGGGACUAUGGAGUUUAUGUGGAGGUGGCGACGUCGACGGCGACCGACGGCAAGCAAAUCGGAGGCUUCCCCGUAGCCCAUCAGAAGGAAGGCAGAGUCCGGUGGAGGCUCGUGGCCACAGAGGUCAUCAAGCACGGGGUGCGCGAGGACAAUUACCAAGGCACACCGCCGCUCAUGAUUGUAAGGGCGACGCUAAGCCGUGCCGCAUCGAGCCCUACUUCGACGGGAGAGCACAAGCGGAUGAUCCAGGUCUGGGACGUCAGGAAGGUGUUCUUCAACGCCGACUUCGGCGAGACCAUCUACGUGCAUCCUGGACGCGAGCUGUGCAUUCCUGGAAGGUGCUGGUGGCUGCGGAAGGCCAUGAACGGCACCGGGAAGGCAUCGCAGAUGUGGGGAGAGCUGGUGUGGGCCACCAUGGAUGACGGCCACUGGGACUGCUUGACGGCGACACCUAACGUGUUCUACUUACCAGCGAGCCCCACCGUCCCUGCCGUCGACGAGGACAGUCCAGCGAUCUGCCACGGAGAUGACGUUCUGGCCGGAGGCUACGACGAGCAGCUGGACGGGUCAGACGAGAUGCUGGAACAGCAGUUCGAGGACAGCCUGUGUUGGUAUGGUGCUAUUCUUUGCAGGGUACUCUUGAAGGCGUUCGCGUGGACGGAGAUGCAGACUAGGGGAAUCCGAGAUGUAUGCUACAGGCAGUGCGACUGCCGGAGGACUCCGGCGCAAGGAUCGAGACCGCGGCAGCCCUGCAACCUGAAGAUCUACAGCGACGGCACCGCGGGACGGGGCAUGUGCAGCCGAGUGGGCGUGGGCAAGGUCAGGCCCCUGGAACCGAGGUACUUGUGGAUUCAAGAGCGGCUGCGAUUCGAGGCGUUUGAGCUCCUGAAGGAGGACGCCACCGAGAUGACGGCCGACAUGCUCACAGAGUACAGCGAGUGGUCGACGAUAGAGAAGCACUGCACCACUCUGGACCUCAUGUUCGGGAAACAGUUCAAGGGCUUGAGCGCGAUGCCAGUUUCCACGGGAGUCGUGACUUCUGUGUCAGGCGAGAAGGUGACGGUGUACGAGGAGCCAGGCCAGGCAGUGGUUUUCCCCGCGCCUGUGCCCCGCUACGUGGACAGCGAGGAGUUCUGGUUCAUCCUGAAGACGGGUGUCUUCGUGGUGAUCGCUGCGGUGUGCUUUUUAGGCUGCGUGUGCGGUUGCUACGCGAGGAGCUACCUCAAGAAGGACCUCAUCGAGGAGGCGCUUCCCGCUCCGAGAGACACCGACGUCUAUCUGGCUACGCGGACUGACACGGAGGGCAAUACCAGAAGUGCACAAGGUUUUGGCACAGAGCCUCCCCCAGCACGAUGCGAUGGAGGAGCGAGGCACAAGCUUUUUAACACGUUUCUCGCGGUCGACUUGAAGCAGAUCUUGAGAGCCAAAGGCUUGCGCGUGAGUGGUCUCAAAGACGACCAUAUCAUGAGGCUGAUCAAGAAGGGCAACGUCUUGUCGGAUCGCCAGGCCAAGGAGAUCGAGCAGCUGCGAGUGACGGCUACGACGCGCGGACCCCUGAUCAGGAUCAACCUUCAGGACUUGAGUAGCCCUGAGGCCGUGCAGCAGUGGAUCGAGACGUUCAAGAGAGAGUGCCGAGAUCGUCCCGAUGGCUCUCAGCUGAUCCACCCAGGGAGCCAGACGGAUGGUCGCAG